AUGUUGUCAAUGCUUCUGAAACGUAAACGCCCUAACCUCCCAACGACCUUCGACGUAGAAGUUGCCACCGGAAGAACCGUCACCGUCAGCUCUAUUCUCCGUGAUUGUACUCUUGAACUCAACAAUCACGUCUUCCCGAUCGAUCUCAUACCUACGAAACUAGGUAGUUUUGACGUCAUAGUAGGCAUGGAUUUUCUCCGUGAAAAUCAUGCCAAAGUCGUUCGUUUUGAAAAGAUGAUUCGCUUUUCCCUCUCAAACGGUGAUCAACUACAUGUUUAUGGCGAACUAUCCUCGAAAGAAUUGAAGCUUAUGUCGUGUGUACAAGCGAAUAAGUAUUUAUGCAAGGAGUACAAUGCUUUUCUAGACCAUAUCAUCGUACCAGUGGAUGAGAAGAAAACUGUGAAAGACGUUCCUAUUGUUUGUGAUUUUCCUAAUGUUUUUCCCGACGAUUUACCUAGUUUACCCCCCACUCGUGAUAUCGAUUUCCGUAUUGAUUUAAUCCCUGGUGCCACACCUGUUGCAAAAGCUCCUUAUCGCCUUGCACCAUUCGAAAUGCGCGCACUAUCCAACACAUCAUCAUGGGGUGCUUGA